GGUUGGCUGUGACCGGACCCAGCAAAUGCGAAGCGGUUCCGCUGCUCCGUGAAACGCUGUUCUGAGGCUCUAAUAGCCCGAUAGCUCGCACACAACACCGCCGAGUCCCGGCUGAACCGUGGCGUGGAGCUUUUCAUGAGUGAACACGCCCGUGUGUUUUAUCACACAGUCCCGCCACAGUCCGCAGCUGUCCCCUCUUCUUGUGUCCUCUGUUUCUUCUGUUCAGCAGCGUCUCUGCAGCAGCUGCUGCUUCAGUGAGCUAACGUCUCAACUGUCUUCAAAGACGACACAACAUUGUCCAAGAGAACUGAGUCCUUCCUGGUGGCAGAUGUCUCGUUGCUCCCCUCAGAGGUCAGAGACCACUUGGAGUCAGGAGGCGGGGCUUCAGCAGCAGAGACGGCAGUAGCAGUGAUGCGGGCUUCGGUGUCAGGCUGCAGGAUGAGCAUUGGUGCGCUGCUUAACGGGCUGCUGGUGUCAGUGGUUGCAGCUCUGCUCUGGAAGUAUUCCCAGCUGAGUGAGCAUGCUGCCCUCCUGGAAGAAGAGCUGCACAUGACCAGACAGUCCCAGGAGUUCUCCCAAGCCCACAUUGAUUACCAUGUUGCCCUGCAGGCUCUCCAGGAACAUGGAACCCACAUGGUCUGCACUGGAAAGAUGCACACUGACCGCAUCUGCCGCUUCGACUACCUCUGCUACUGCUCCGAGGCCGACGAGUUCAUAUUCUUCCACUCAAAUUCCUCUGUCAUGUUGCCUAACCUGGGGUCUAGACGCUUCCAACCUGCCCUGCUGGACUUGUCGUCAGUUGAGGAUCACAACACUCAAUACUUUAACUUUUUAGAGCUCCCAGCUGCCGCUUUAAAAUUCAUGCCCAAGCCUGUAUUUGUACCAGAUGUGACGCUGAUCUUUAACAGGUUUAAUCCUGAUAACCUGAUGCAUGUGUUCCAUGAUGACCUACUCCCAGUCUUCUAUACCAUGAAGCAGUAUUCAGACUUGGACGACGAGGCUCGUCUGGUGUUUAUGGAGGGCUGGGGUGAAGGUCCGCACUUUGACCUGUACCGGCUUCUCAGCAGCAAGCAGCCACUACUCAAAGAACAGCUCAGAAACUUUGGCAAGCUAAUGUGUUUUACCAAAUCGUACAUUGGCUUGUCCAAGAUGACCACCUGGUACCAGUACGGCUUUGUCCAACCGCAGGGGCCGAAAGCCAACAUUUUGGUUUCAGGGAACGAGAUCCGGCAGUUUGCUCGGUCCCUGAUGGAGAAAAUGAACAUAACCACAGUGGAGGAGGCCGAGAAAGAUGGAGGGAGUGCUGAAAAUGAGAAGGAAAAAGACAAAAAGGAUGAUUACGUUGUUGUGUUCAGUCGUUCGACAACAAGGCUCAUACUUAAUGAAGCAGAGCUAAUAAUGGCACUGGCCCAGGAGCUCCAGAUGAGAGUGGUCACAGUGUCCCUGGAGGAGCAGUCUUUUCCCAGUAUUGUCCAGGUGAUCAGUGGUGCCUCCAUUUUAGUCAGCAUGCAUGGAGCUCAGCUUAUCACAUCGCUCUUCCUCCCCAGGGGAGCCACUGUGGUGGAGCUGUUCCCAUUUGCUGUGAACCCAGAGCAGUACACACCGUACAAAACCCUUGCCUCCCUUCCUGGCAUGGACCUUCACUAUAUCUCGUGGAGGAACAUGAAGGAGGAAAACACCAUAACCCAUCCAGACAGACCCUGGGAGCAAGGAGGCAUUGUUCAUUUGGAGAAGGAGGAGCAGGAGAGAAUACUGGCCAGUAAGGAUGUUCCAAGGCACCUGUGUUGCCGCAACCCAGAGUGGCUCUUCAGGAUCUACCAGGACACUUUGGUUGACAUCCCUUCCCUCCUAGAAGUUCUCUUAGAGGCCAGAAAGACCAAGGCCAACUUUAAGAAAUCAAAGCCAGCCAGCACAGUUCACCCAGGCCGAGUCAGAGAACCCCAAUGUCAGACCUCAGUACAAACAAGGAAUGAGGCGAAACUCACAGUCUCCUGGCAGAUUCCCUGGAAUCUCAAAUACCUGAAGGUAAGAGAGGUGAAGUACGAGGUGUGGAUCCAGGAGCAAGGAGAGAACACCUACAUGCCUUACAUCCUUCCCCAGCAGAACUACACUUUCUCAGAGAACAUUAAGCCUUUCACUACCUACCUGGUGUGGGUCCGGUGUAUCUUCAACAAGAACCUCCUGGGACCAUUUGCAGAUGUUCUCAUGUGUAAAACCUAAAACAGAAGCACUGCCAGUUUGUUGCUGUUGAGUUUCACACUAAAGGUUGAGCUGCGGUUAUUCCAGACAAUCAGAUUUGAUCAGUGGCCUGCUGGAAUACAGUUAGUCCAGAGGAGGUUCGGAGAAGGUUCUGUCUUGUUGUUAUAGAUGUACAUGGAGGCUGUUGAACUCUAAAGAGAAGUGUGUUCUUACUCUGCACAGAGAACACGGCGACUGACAGACGACUGAACUAGAUGGCAACAGCCAUUAAUGAGUGGAACAAUUCGCGUCCCUACGAAAGAAAGUGCUAAACCACGUCAAACCAGAAUCAUAUUUAUUUAUGUGCAAAAUAAUAUAUAACUUUUUUUUUCUUUUUUUUUAAGUAUUAGUCAAAAACACUGACUCUUUAACUUUUACAGUAUGCAAUGUAGCUUUUCUGUGGAGAGCGAGAGAUUUUAGAAUAGAAGGGAUUUUUGUAAUUGUCCAGUGUCACAUGUGUGUUGUUUGGCUUACGUUUCCUACCUAAUAUUAAACGACAUGCAGCAUUAUUUUCAGAACUCAGCCAAUGCCAAAGCAGCUUUUACAACAUUGUUUCUGCCUGUUUGACGUCAUUCUUGCCAUUCGACAUGAUCAGUCAGUAGUUGGGAAAACCUGUUUUUUAAAAUUGUUGUGAAGGAUUUGUAGAGAACAAGAGUUUCUUAAAAGGAUAGUUUACGUUUUUUGAUGUAGGAGGUACUCGACACAUAGUGGGUGUCUUGCAUACAACUGACUGCUGUGCCCUCAAUAGACUCUCAUUCGUUAUAGACGUCUUACUCUACCAAAGUCCAUAGAGAAAAUCAUUGAAAAUUUCAGGUAUGUGUCACUUGGCUAAAUUCAAGUAUUUCAAAAUCAUAUUCAGUGAUUUACUGACGGAGGCAGGAGUGGAUCAACAGCUCCUCUCCGCCCUAAUGUGAAAAAAUAAUAAUAAUUUUCUCUAUUCACCUUGGUACAGGGGAGAGAGAAGUUUACAAAGUGACACAAACUUCACUUUCCUGUUGGAAAAGACUUUCUUCUGGUCCAACUAAGGGGCAAACAUUCUUUAAGUGGUGUACAAUUAAGCUGUCUCAGACCUGGUUCACACCAGACACUUUUUAAAGUUGAGCGUUCAUGUUAACGGAUGACAGUGUUCAUGUCUCAGGCUGCUUUUGAGUUUUCUGCAAAAAGAGACCUAAAAAAUAUCUAUGUCAAGUGAUAUUGACAUUCUAAAAGCAUGAUUACGUAACGUUGACACCACACAUGUCGUUUUAGUGUCUAGACUGAAUCUGAAAAACAUAAAUAUAUCUUUUAAACUAUUUUAGCACCAGUGAAGAUUCUCUCUCUCUCUCUCUCUCUCUCUCUCUCUCUCUCUCUCUCUCUCUCUCCGUCUCCCUGCAUCUGAGGAAACAAGUGAUGUUUUCUGUCAGAGAUGAAUCAGACGGUGAAGUCAUCAUCAUAUUCGCAGACGAGACACAGAGCGAGACCGAAAUGCAGCAGACAAACGGCGCGGUGUGAACGCGACAGCGGCGCACGAGCCUGGUAUCCAGUGAGCCUUUAUUUUCGUAGCAGUUCCAUGAGCAGGUAGAGUGCAGAGCGCAGUCAGUUGUAUGUGAAACAAACAAUGGAUCAUUACCACAUUCAUGCACACUUCUGCAAAAGUAUCCCUUUAUUCUCCCUCUAAUCAAUGUUUUGGUUCUGUUUUGUGUAAAAAAAUGAAGAAAAAUGUGUUGUAAAUACGUACUAACGGGCGCUAAUUACCAGUGCGGUGGUUAUUAUUUACCAUGGAGACUGAAUCGGUCACACUAACCUACAAUUAUUAUUAUUAUUAUUAUUAUUAUUGUUAUUAUAAUAAAGACCAGUCCUUCCUGUAAAGCAGAAUAGGUAUUGCAGUUUGUGUUUACUUUCCUAAUAAUUAAUAUUUUCCUGGAUUUUGCUUGAAAUAGGGCUGCACAAUGAAAUUCAAGCAUUAUCACUGCAGCACAACCUAAAAUUAGGGUUACAACUUGAAUCUUUUGGUUAUUUUCUUGAUUAGUCGUUUGUUUCUGUUUCCUUGUCUUGUUUCACCGACAGACUGAAGACGUUUUGUUUUCUGUCAGAAUAUAUUCACAUUUAAACAGCAGAAGUCACAGAACUUAAUAAUAGAUUCUGUCCUUGUCACACGAGUGCGUUGUUGUGAGCGACAAGCAAAAAUAAACUACCAGUCACAUUA